GUACAUUCCCGUGUGUGUCAACACGCAGCAGCGAUACAGGACACACACACGCUGUGAGGAGCUUGGACUGCCCUCGGCCUCACCUUGGGGAGUUUACCUGUCCGAGAUAUAUGCCUCUAACCGCAAGCCUCGAAUCGCUGUGUUGACACGUUGAGUUACCAAUGGGCAUUAUAACGUGCAAGAAUCUUCGACUCUCCAGCCACGAUCCGCAUUGAUUUGUAAAACAAAGAGAGGCUAUUAUCUGACGGGAGGUCCGCGCGACCGUGACGUCACGAGGCAAGCAGACGACAAAUUGACUGACACACGACUCUCUCUCACCCGCCUGUGACGAUGCAGUGGCGUGAACUAGAGCGGGCUAUUGCCGACAAGAAGACCGGCAGUCUGACAACAUGGCACGCCACAUACAUCGUGUGGCUCACUCUAGCCAUGCUGAUUAUCAGCAGUCAUCUGUUCUUCAUCGUCCUCAUCCUUGCCAAGCGGACACUUCGCAUACAGCUCAAGAACCUCCUGAUUGUCAACAUCUGCUUGGUUAACCUCAUGAUGGGUGGGUUUAUCAUGCCAACCGUCAUCCACCUCAUUCUGGACAGCUCGGAGGAUGAAUGUAUUCUACGAAUGACAGUGAGAGCCCUGAAUGACUACCUACAGCCUGCACUGUCCGUCCUGACCGCCAUUGCACUGGUCAUAGACCGGUUCCUGUUCAUCAUGCAAAAGCCAAUCACGACUAAGUGGCUGAGGAUUGUUGUUGCUGUUGUGCUGAUGAUAGCGCCGUGGGUUAUUGGUGUCAUCCUUGCUGUUCCUUUGUUCUUUAAGUCCUUCGAGAUGGGAGACCCAGAGAUGGGCUGUGUGCAGGAGGUUAACCUCUGGAACAUCGUCUGCGCCCAUGUCGUUUGCUUUGUGCUCCCUUCAAUCCCACUGUUCGUUCUAGCAACGCUGUCCGGCCUGUGCAGCACGAACAAGAAGAAGAAACCACCCAAGGAAUCGAUGUAUGACUGCCGAGAUAAGCCUAUAUCAUUCAAAGGAGAGUCAAUCAAAGUGGUUGUGCUUGUGUGCUUCAUGACCAUCUUCCCAGAGGUACCCUACUUCGUUAUCAGCCUCCUCAGGUACACAACGGCCUGCGACCAGCCCUACUGCCUCGACUUCUUCCAGGCACUCAAGGUGUCAGUGUGGCUGAGGGCUGCCAAAGCGCUUGUGUUCCCCUUCAUCUGGUUGUGGUUCACCGACAUCAAGUCCGCCAUCAUCUGUCGGCCAACCGGUGCGGUGGAUGAAGAUGACGACGUCUCCGACGACCAACCCACGGAUAUGUCUCAACAGGAUACCAUGUUGCUGCGGUACAGGUGAAGAGGUGUAAGAUGGCGACACAGGUCGAGAUAGUACAAUAACAACUACCCGCCAUGUGUCCACCAACUGAUGGUCAUAGGACUUCAGCUGGUUCUCACUGCUGUGAACAUUGAGUGAUUUGAACAUUACACACUUACAGAGUGCCACCCCCAACAACAAGGACAUUGUAAUGGGGGCGUUUUCGUCACACUGUUUUCAUAACAAGACAGAACGCUUGACAUUUCAAACUGCAUGAAGCCCUGCUUUUCUAAAGCUGGGGAUAGGUGUUGCUGCUUUGCUCAAUGUCGCUUAACAUUACGUCGUUUCCCCUCCAUCAAUCACUUGUUCUCACAGGUGGGAGUAGCUCAUGUGAUAUUCCUCAUCUAGUACACAUUUCUAAACAUUAUUUUUUCUUUUGAAGAAAUGGAGCGACCAAGAACUGAUUUUGCCCAGUGUUUGCUUUGUACAUGUUGACACGGUCUAUGUAAGACAGUUAUCUCUCUAUAUAUCAUUCAAUAUAUUUCAUCCUUUUCAUUUCACAAAACAUAUUCAACCUUGACCAUUUAUUGCAAAUUCUCACUGAUGUGUCUUUCAGUACUUACUGGCCAACAUACUAAAGAAGGCCCCUGUGAUCCUUUGUUUACCUUUGACACACAUAGUUCUAGUUAGAGGCCGGCUCUUCCUUUUCCCUCCUUCGUGCUCUGAGAUCAGUAUAUACCUUUUUAUGAUCUAGUCAGUCUGUUGGUAGAUGUUAGAAUAUACACUCUGUGUUUUCAGAGGUCUGUGGGUGUCAGUCAUAGAAGCAUUAUUGUACACGAUGGUGUAGAAGUACAUCACAUAGGGGAAGUGUAUUGAUAACAUUAGCAUAGAUAAAGAAACAUGUAUUAUAGUUGAUAGAUCUAUAGUGUAGACGAGUUUAACCGUUUUGGAUACCGAGCAGGUUGAUUAUAGCUUCUGUGACUUUGGUGCACUGACUAGAUCGGAAUAAAAUGUCUCUCCGGGAAAAUCAAAAGUAUAGAAAACAAACAUAUCAUUCCCAUGGUUGUAUACAACGUAAUACACCAACACGACCGAUGGGAAGAGAUACUUGAGUGGACUUGAGUAUAUUUUGCAUGAUGAAAGUACAUAUGGUUAAAUGGCUAUGAUAUCUUCUAUUCAUGAGGGUAAGAACAUUUUUCGCCAGCUCGUUAUUAGCAUCACAUCAGUUACGCCGCUUUGCCGGAAUAACUGAUGCCUGAUGCGGGGAUAUUUUCGCAAGAAUGUUAAUCGCUGGAAAAUGACAGUCGCCUGUCCUAGCCGUCUAACUGGUGCUGCAGAAGCCAACUGCGUGCAUUGAACUACACAGGAGAGUCAUCCGUCACUGUCAGGAAUGUAAAUACUGUAUAUAUAUAAGCAUACCUUGCAGCAGUAAACCGCCAGUAGGUUUGCUCUAGAUCCUAGGUCAUAUCGUACUCAAUCUGUCAAAUCAAAUAACUCGUCUCGCUAGAUUAGAAGAAAUAAAACGCCAUUAUAUGCCUCUAGCAAUGAUUUGAUCAAGUUAGACUGGCUUCUAUGAUGGUGUCAAAUGUUUCGAACCUUUGUAAUGGACACUUUCAUAAGGGCACACCUAUACAAUGUAACAUGUCAGAAAUGGAUAUUUAUCUUGUGAUGUGUAUUCUAGUCCAGAUAAGAGAUGUAUGUCACCGUUGGACUGACAAUCCUACGUUGUAGAUAUCCACAUGUUGUGUUAAAGUGCACAAUCAUUACGUGUUUUUUUUAUUGAACAGAUGCUUUGCUUAUCGAGCUGCACAUUAAUUCCAGCCGGUUAAGAUUUUUCUUUUUGAAAUAAAAGAGCAACUAUA